AAAUAACAUAAUUUGCUUUUCUAACCUCUCUUUUUUUUCUUUCCAUCGCCGCCGGAACAACUCUCUCCUCUCAGAUCGAACUUUCCAAGCAAUAAUCAUGCAGAACGAGGAAGGAGUCGUCACAGAACUAUACAUUCCGAGAAAAUGCUCGGCCACAAACAGGUUGAUCACAUCAAAGGAUCACGCAUCUGUUCAGCUUAACAUUGGUCACCUUGAUGCCGAUGGUAUCUACACUGGCCAGUUCACCACGCUUGCUCUUUGCGGUUUCGUCCGUGCUCAGGGAGACGCAGACAGUGGCGUGGACAGGCUCUGGCAGAAGAAGAAGGUCGAAACAAAACAACAGUGAGUAUGAGAGAAUAUAAGCUGCUACUUGCUUGCCUCUUGUUAUUUUUGGGGAUGUUUCAUUGAAUUUUCUCUAGAUGCGAACUUGUGUUUUUGCUGUUCUAAUUUAUGAAAGAUAAUUUUAAAAGUUUUA